AUGGCAGGUCAUGGAUCAUCAUGUGGAGCAUGCAAGUUCCUGAGGAGGAAGUGUAACUGCGAUUGCGUCUUCUCGCCUUACUUCAGCUACGAACAAGCCUCAUCCCAUUUUGCAGCGGUCCACAAAGUCUUCGGCGCGAGCAAUGUCUCGAAGCAUUUGCUUCAUUUGCCUCUACAUCAAAGAAGCGCCGCUGCGAUCACCAUCUCCUACGAGGCUCUCUCUCGCAUGCGUGAUCCUGUUUAUGGCUGCGUCGCUCACAUCUUCGCUCUUCAGCAACAGGUCGUGACUUUGCAAGAGGAGAUAGAGUUUCUCGGGACCCAAAUGGCGAAUUUCUCUUACACUACUCAAAGUAGUUCACAACACAACAACAUGCCGGAGAUUCUAAACCAGAUGACAAUGGAUACGACCGGCUUCGUCGACGAGAGUCUUUUGAACAACGACGACGGAAGAAGUUGCCUUGAAGGGUUCUUCACGAACACGGAGGAAAUGCUUGUGAAUAAUCCAUGGCUUCAGAACAUGGAUAACUAUUACUACGCACCACAACAUUAA